AUGAAUAGUAAGAUCUCAAAUCUUCGCAAAUAGUUAUUGCUAAUAUCAGUUUCAUAUCUGACUCAGUCAGUUUUCGCUGAUUGUGACUAUGAGAUAGUUGUAAUUGGAGCUGGAAUAUCUGGAAUAGCUGCUGCAAAGUAACUUAAGGAGGCAGGAUGUAAUCCUACUGUUUUGGAAGCUCGUAACAGAAUAGGAGGUAGAAUAUGGACUUCUACUGUCGGCACGAAUACAAUCGAUAUGGGGGCUUCUUGGAUUCAUGGAAUUGGUAAAGGAGCAGAAGGUCUCAAGAAGUGGAAUAAUAAGUUCAAUCCAAUAUAUUAGAUAGCUAAAGAUAACAAUAUAGCUACUGUGGCAACCUGGCAGGAUGAAGACAGUGCAGAAGAAGCAUUCUUCUGGUGGUAAGGAGGCAAGACUACUUAUGACAUCUCUUCGUUUACAGAUAAUUUUGAAGAAUAUUUAAAAAACCACUAAAGUUCAGCAUCUCAAUAGACCACACUAGAACAACUAUUCACAAAUUUCCCCAUGACUGAUAACCAAGUAAAUAGGAACAUGAAGAACUUUUCCUUCAGCUAUCUUUAUGGGUCAGAUUAUGCAGCUGAUCCUGAUUAGCUCUCAGCUAAAUACGUGGGUACAGAAUCCUAUUUUAAAGGAGCAGAACAUAUCUUCCCAAGCGGAUAUGUUCAAAUACCUGAAUCUAUUUCCACUGGAAUCAACAUAGUCUAUCAAAAGAAAGUUGUGGGAAUUGACUACUCCGGCAACAAAGUGUCUAUCACAACUCAAUCUGGAGACACCUAUGAGUGUGAUAAAGUUAUUGUAACUGUCCCAUUAGGAGUUCUUAAAAACAAUGUUAUUACUUUCACUCCACCUCUACCUUCAGAUAAGCAGAGCUCAAUAAAUGGACUUGGUGCCGGACUAAUGGAUAAGCUUGCACUUGAAUUCAGUUCAGUAUUCUGGGAUGAAGACAUGGACUGGCUUAAUUAUAUAUCAGAUGGUGACUUGAAAUGGACACAAACCUUAAAUAUAUACAAGUAUACUCAGAAACCUAUUCUACUGAUGUUUAAUAUUGGGAAAGAUGCGUAGUCAUUUGCAUAAAUGACUGAUCAAUAAGUACUUGAUUCUGCUAUGGCAACAUUGAGAACAAUGUACCCUAAUGCUCCAGACUAUGUUAAUUAUAAAAGAUCAAACUGGGGAUAAGAUGAAUUUGCAUAUCAAUCUUAUACUUUCAUUAAGGCUGGAUCAACUGAUGAAGAUCCCGCUAAUAUCGCCUCUGAUAUCGACAAAAAGGUAUAUUUUGCUGGUGAGCACACCAAUUUUGAUUUCAUUGGCACUGUUCAUGGGGCUUAUAUCUCAGGGUUAGAUGCUGCUAGAGCUAUUAGUCAAGGUUGGAUAUUUAAAGCUUUUGCUUCGGGAAUUAUAUCCUGUUUAAUGCUAUUAUCAUUUUGA